AUGAGUUACACAAAUCAAAUCGAUUUAUUUGUCGAAAAGUUGGGUAGUGAUAUCGAUCUAUCAGCCAAACAUCAAGUUCUUGCGGAAUUAUGUGAUAUAAUCGAGUCUUUCCUUGGUGCUAAGGAAUACAGUUAUUUUCUUGAGAAGUUGAUUCCAAUGUUCAUAGACCUUUUAACUGAAGUCCCAAUUAGCUUCUAUAAUUCGACAUAUGAACACAAGAUAAGAUCAUCAAUAUUAGAGAUUAUCCAAAGAUUGGUUCUUAAUGAUACAUUUGACCAGUACAAAACCAUCAUGUUAGAUACCAUCACCACUGCAUUGAGAUCUGAAAAUGAAGAAAAUGGGGUGUUAUGUAUAAAAAUUAUAACAAGCAUUCAUAAAUCAUACAAAAAUAAUUUAUUUGAUAAGGUCGAGGAGUUCAUUGAAAUAAUCUAUGAAAUUUAUUCCAAUUCCCCUCAAAUGGUACAACAGUGGUUCAAUGAAAAUGCCACUGAAGAUGCAUCAAGUACCUCUCACAAUCCCUCGUCAUCACCAACUGAAAUCGGGGAAAGUGAGGAUUUCAAUUCAAUUCCUAGCGACGAUGACUCUAAGCAAGAAUUGUUACAUUCCCUCCACUCUUUCAAAACACUAUCAGAAUGCCCAAUCACUAUGGUUUCUUUGCUUUCUUCUUAUAAGCAAUUGGUGAAUAAAGUACUUCUUGAUUUCAUUCCGAGAAUCAUAGCAUUAUUGCAGCUAGAGGUUGAUAUUCAAAGGAAGGAAAGAUUGGAAGCGGAGGCUAAGGGUAAUAAAUAUACUUCAGUAUCUAAAAGAAUAAAAAACAGAUCAUUAUAUGGGGAUUUUAUCAUUAGUCAAGUUAAAGCUACUUCAUUUCUUGCAUACAUUUUCAUCAGAGAUUACUCUCCAGAAUUUUUUGCAAAUUUUCAUGAUGUUAUUCCGGAUUUGGUGGUUAGAUUACUCCAGGACUGUCCAAGCGAAUUGGCAGCAGCAAAGAAAGAAUUACUUCAUGCCACCCGUCAUAUUUUAUCGACUCCAUAUAAGACAAUUUUCAUUCCUAAACUAGAUUUAUUUUUUGAUGAAUCAAUACUUCUCGGCGAUGGUCUAACGUGUCGCGAAACAUUGAGGCCUUUGGCAUAUAGUACUAUUGCCGAUUUUGUUCAUAAUAUCAGAGCUGAUUUGACUUCAGAACAAGUCUGGAAAGCUGUGCUGAUGUUCAGCAAAAUAUUGCAAGAUGAUUCUUUGAAUGCAAAUGUUACAUUUAUGUGCGCGAAAUUAUUAUUGAACUUAUUGGAAAGGGUCGUGAAAUUGCCUAAAGAAGAAGCCCGGAAAUUAUUCAUGAUAAUUUUGGAAUCUUUUUGCCGAAGGUUUGCGAAGUUGAACCACAAAUAUGAUUAUUACAUGGAACAACACAGAAAGUAUGAAGCAAGAAAAGUGGAACUUGAAAGUAGACAAGACGAUUACAUUAAAGCCAAUAACAGUAAAAUGCCAAAAAAUGACUUGUUGGAUGAGAAAGUGGUAAUUUUAAACGAUGAAAAGGAAUUAGAUAUUGAUGCUAUUGUGGCAAAUGAAUGUUCGAAUAUUCCAAAAUUCGAAGCCGUUUCCUGCGAUGAAGACAUUAACAUGACAAAAAAUGGCCAUCUGGAUGAUGAUAACGUUGAUGGAAAAGAGGACCAGAAGCUUUCGAUAUAUCAUCUUGAGGAUGAUUUACCUAUUCAGAUUUUCAAAAAAAGCUCACUGGACUCUCUUAAGGAUAUCAAAUACUUGAUCAGGAAUUUAGUAAAUUAUUUGAAACCCAUGGUGGGCCAUCUUAAAUUAACUAAUAUUGCUCCGCCAGCGACCGAUCAAAAUCAACAAGCAUGGGAUAGUGUGGCUAGAGGUUUCAGUUAUGAAGAAUUAUUGAUAUUUGAAAAUUUAUUUAGAGAAUCGAUUUUGUGUAUUCGUUUUUUCCAAACUGAUAAGGCUGCUGUACUUCAAUUAAAUAAGAUGAGUGAAAAGUCCACAUUUGAUAUCAAAUAUCCAAAUAUUCCAAUAACGGCCACCAAAGAUGAAAAAGACCUAAUGGAAUCGAUAUCUUUAAUUUUUAUGAGGAUAGAUCCCGUAAUGUUCAAUGAAAUAAUGCAAGAUCAAUUCCCGCUUUUAGUCGAUCAAAUGAAUAAAAAUCCUGCCUUGCUUCACAUCCCACACUUUUUUUUGAGCAAUGAAAUGGUGUCAGGUAAUUUUAUGGGGAUAUUGAUAAGUUACUUAAAAUCAAGAUUGCAUGAAUUAGGUGCAUUGGAUUUGAUGAAUGCCCAUAUUCUACUUCGAUUGUUCAAACUUUUUUUACUCUCUUUGAACUUAUAUCCAGCUCAAAAUGAGGAAUUCUUAUUACCCCACUUGAAUGAGCUUAUAUUGCAAUCGUUGAAAUACUCAACUACAGCUAACGAACCAUUGAUAUACUUCUAUUUUAUUAGGAUUUUAUUCAAGAGUAUUGGUGGCGGGAGAUUUGAGAAACUUUAUAAAGAAGUAAUGCCAUUAAUGCAAAAAUUAUUAGAGUCCUUGAAUAAGUUGAUUGAGUCUGCUAGGUCACCACAAGAAAGGGAUACCUGUAUUGAAUUGUGUUUAUCUAUCCCAGUCAGAUUGAGUAAGUUAGUAUCAAUGCUACAUCUAUUGAUGAGGCCACUUGUGUUGGCUCUUAACGGUUCACUGGAGUUAGUCACCCAAGGUUUAAGAACAUUGGAAUUAUGUGUUGACAAUCUCAACGCCAACUAUUUUGAUCCGAUCAUUCAACCGGUUAUUGAUGAUGUUAUGAAGGCUCUUUGUAAACAUCUCAAGCCUCGCCCUCAUUUACACGUCCAUAGUCAUACUGCUGUUAGGAUCUUAGGGAAAUUUGGCGGAAGAAAUAGAAAUUUCAUUAAACCUUCAUCAGAUUUACAGGACCAAUCAAUGAUGACUCAAAGUGUGGAAGCAGUUUUUGAUAUCAAUGGUAUUAAAGGACAAUCAUUUGUCUCAAUUUCCUCUGGUGUUAAUGCUGCUAUUAAUAUUUUGGAAGAUCCUAGACUACAUUCUAAUCUGAAGUUAACAAUCCAUUAUCGUGCGAACGCUUUCAAGUACCUUUCUGCCGUGUUGAUGCUUUUUGUGGAUACUAGCGAAGUCCCUCAAAACUAUCAAAGUUUGAUUGAAUCUGCGGUUGAUUCUCUAAUAAAGGAAGAACAAAUGAAAAUAAAGCCGCUCUCAACCGAGACAAUAAUCGACAAAAGAAAAUUCAAUAAUCAAGAGCAAUUAUUUGAAAGAUUAUGGAAGGCUAUCUUUUAUUGUUCAAGCAUCAACGAACUCAAACCCAAUGUGCACGGAUUAAUUACCAAUUUGUGUAACCAUUUUACCCAACUCUAUAUCACUAGAAGCUUAAUCAGAAGAUAUAAGCAUGAACGCAGUUUCACGGUUUCAGAUGGGGAAGGGAAAGUAUAUUUGGAUGCUAAUAUCAUGUUUAAUGUUAUUAACUAUGCUCUAAGUAACAAUAUCACAGAGGUCAAAAAUGCUGGUAUUGUUGCUGUCAAACAAAUUUGUGAUGCUUGCGAAAUCAUUUUUGGCUCAAUUGAAAAUAGUCUCAGAUUUGGUUUGCACUCUUCAUUGAUUGCUGUGUUCUAUCAUUCUUGUUAUGACGAAAUGUAUUAUAAUAAGUUGGGUGGUGUCUUAGGAUUAAAGACUAUGAUUGAUGAUACCGGUAUUCCAAUUACAUGGUUUGGAAAAUUCCAACAUGAAUUGGUGCGCGCAUUAUUCUAUGUUUUGCGCGAUACUCCAGAUAUCAUGCCUGCUUUGGUUACCAAUACUGCUAAAAGCCUCAUAAUCAAAAUUAUUGGUGGCUGUAACAAGGGUGCUACGUCAGUCGACGAAUUGCCUUACGAAUUGAUUAGCUCCUUGGUAUAUGACUUGGCAAGUCCAAAUUCAUUAGUUAGAAAAACUUCACAAUUGGCAAUCGAGAUUUUGUCAGAUCUUUCGUCCGUGUCGAAGAUAGACUUGAUUUCUUCGUGCAAAACGGUCCUCUUACAUCCAAUUUUCGCCAAACCCUUACGGGCUUUGCCUUUCUUAAUGCAAAUUGGCCAUAUUGAAGCCAUAACCUAUUGGUUGGGUCUUCCUCAUAAGGAAGCUGAAUUUAAUGACGAAAUGCAGAGACUAUUGUUAGAAGUGGUGAAUUUGGUUGAAGCUGAAGAUUCAAUGCUCACUACAACAGACCGUUUAAUUGAUUAUGAAACCCGUGAACAGUUGACAGAACUUAGAGUUGUUUGUAUCAACCUCUUGACCGUGGCUUUGUCUAAACCAGAAUAUACCAUGACUCAACCAGGCUUGACAAGGCUUAGAAUUCUAGCUGUUUUCUUUAAGACUUUGGGUGCCUCUGAGAAGACAAUUGUAGAUGCUUCCCAUGUUGGCUUGAAGUCAGCGCUUUCACAGAAUAGCAAAUUGCCAAGAGAACUAUUGCAAAGCGGUCUUCGUCCAAUGCUAAUGAAUCUUUCUGAUUACAGAAAAUUGUCAGUGUCCAAUUUGCAAACGUUGGCAAGAUUAUUGGUAGUUUUGGUGAACUAUUUCAAGGUAGAAAUAGGUAAAAAGUUGCUCGAUCAUGCCAACUCAUGGGCUAUGCCGGAAUUGUUGAAUCAAAUUGCAGGAUUUGAUCUUUCUAAUAACAAAGUCAUUCAAAUUCUCAACUCAAUCUUUAACAUUUUUCACUUGUUGCCUCCAAAAGCUUACAUUUUUAUUCCUGAUGUAUUGAGAUGUUUAGAAAAAGUUGAGAUCAAUCUUAGACGCGUGAAAGGUUCCUCUUGCAGAGAGCCAAUAGUCAAAUAUCUUGACGAGUAUCCAAAUGAGGCAUCGGAAUUUUUCCUCCAAGAAUUUUCUUCGAGAAAGAUGCAAAAUAUUCAUACUUACUUUGUUCUCAAAUGUCCAGAAUUGAAAAAGGUAACAAAAAAUAAUGUUUCGAAAUUCUUCGAAGCUUUAGCCUGUGAAAAUGAUUUUAAUACAAGCAUUACGAAAUUUGCUAACCUUGUUGAUAUUGUUUCUGUUGUGGUGGAUGAUGACCUUUGGACUAGAUCUCAUAAGGAACUAUUUGUUAAUUUAUUCCAAGCUGGCCAGAAAAUAAUAGGAGAGUUUCAAAAUUAUCCUUACAAUCAACAAAACCAUUUUCAAAUAUUUUAUUCAAUUGAUAAAUUACAGGAAGUCUUGAUUAAAUCUUUUGAAGUCUCUAAAAACGAUGAUCUCUUAUUUUCCUUGGUUGACUUCUUAACAAUCCACAAACUAACGGUCAAUCUCCAACUAGUUGACUUCAUUGCCGAAAAUAUUAUCAAGACAAAAGAUAUUGCUGUUAGACAAUCAUUCUUGAGCAGAUGUGUGAAGAUAGCUGUGGAUGGUAAUUAUAAAAUCCCGACUAAAGUUUAUAUUCUCAAAAAAAUCUGUGUUCCAAUAUUGUUGAAUGAGGCAAGAGUUAACAGCAACCUUGAUUUGUUAUACGGUGAUGACACACCAGAAUGGCUCACCUUAGCUCACACUAAUAUUUGGCAAUCUACGGAUGAAUCAAUUGUGGGUCACACAGCGGGAGAAAUAGAUUCAUACAGACUUGAGUUACUUCAGUUAACUGCUUCACUAUUAAAAUUUUCACCAGCGAAGAUUGAACCAAUUAGAAAGGAUGUGAUUAAAUUUAGUUGGAAUUUGAUGAAGCUUGAUGAUACUAUUCCUAAAUAUGCUGCUUACUUGACCAACUGUUACUUUAUCAACGCUUAUGAUACACAUGUCAAGAUCACCACUCAUAUGUUCUUUGCAUUGCUAAGGGCCAAUAAUGUUGAUGCUCGAUAUCUUGUAAAGCAGUCAUUGGAUUUGUUAGCAGAUGUUAUUCCGGAACGUAUGAAGCAGAAUGACGAGGACAAAUCAUGGAUCAAAUGGCCACGAAGAGUAAUUCAGGAGAAUAAUUUCGUGGUGAAUAAUGUUUUCAAUGUCUAUAAAUUCAUGGUUGAGCAUGAAGAGUUAUUUUUUGAAGCUCGCAAUCAAUUCUUAUCCAAUGCUAUUAACCUGAUGGGGAAGUUGACAAUUUCACCUAACCCAUCCACAGAUAAUCAAAUUCUUGCUAUUGAAUUGUCGGAAUUGAUAUUGAAAUGGGAGCAGAGAGCAGACAAACUUAGAAAAGAAAAACUCAGUGCUCCAAAUUUCAAAGACGAGGACGAAGAAAUGAAGGAUGUUGGGGUUAAGGAAUUUGCGGAUAAGAAAAAUUAUGAUGAGAAGUUGGCUGCCAGCCUUGAGUACAGGAUUCCAACUGGUCAAAAAGAGGCUUUUGUGACAUUCUUAAUUAGAUAUUUGUGCAUUAGCACCUCCAGAUGCUCAUCAACUGAUUUGGGAAGAAGGGCUUUGUCUGUUCUUUAUGAUUCGACGCAAUUAUGGUCUGAAAUUAACAUUCCAUUGGUUAUUUUUGAAAGAUUUUUGCUAACAAAUGAUUUGAAUAGUGGUAAUUUCAGUAUUUUGGGAUAUUGUUGGAACACUCUAGAAGUUCUAGGCAUUACUUUGGAGAAUAAGGAUUCUGAAUGGAUCAUUAAUAAUUUGAAAGCACUACAAAGAUUGUUGAUCAAAGUUAUAAAAACACAUAACCAUGAUUUGCAAGAAGUGUUGCAAAGGGUGUUGAGGAUUAUUUUGAAGGCUAUCACUGAAGAAAGUUAUGAAGACUCAGAGCCAGAAGAUGUUAAAAAUUUUAUGAAUUUGUUGAUAUCGGUAAUAUCCUCUGAUCUUGGUAACACUGCAUCAUUGGCUGCUGGUAUUACUUUGUUUUCUACCGUCACCUAUUAUCAACCAGAAAGAUUAACGCCGUUAAUUCCUAGUAUCAUCAAAACUUUUGGUAAAUUAUGCAAAGAUCAUGUUACUAUAACCAUGACUCAAAAGAUUUCUCAAGAAAAUAGUACACAAGUUGAAGAAGAAGCAAGAAUGACUGCCAAGCUAUUGAGCAAAAUUUUGGACUUCGCCACCAUUAGAAUUUCAUACUUUGGAGACCACAGACGUAUUUUCUUGUCUAUUUUGGCCCAAUUCAUCGAAAGAUCAUAUGACAAAGACUUAUCAAAGCAUAUAGUUGACGUUGUUUAUAAAUGGAUUUUCUCUAGUGUUGGUGCGUACCCAACUCAUAAAGAAAAAGCUGCUAUAUUAUCAAAGAUGAUGGGAUAUGAACCAAGAAGGGAGAUUCCAAUGAGCUUGUCAAAGGAUUACCUAAAGAUUAUUAUCAAAAUUUUUGAGGAUAAAAGCCCAAAGACUGCUGACUUGACUCUGAGAUUGGAGCACUCCUUUUUACUAGGGACUAGAUUCAUUGAUGUGGGCAUCAGACAAAGAUUUAUGAGGAUUCUUGCAGACAGCUUGCAACCUGAUAUAAAACACAGAUUAUACUAUGUGAUUAAAGAACAAAACUGGGAAGACCUUGGGGAUUUCCCUUGGCUAAUGCAAGCUUUGGAAUUGAUGUUUGGCUCUUUCAACCAAGAUGCCAAGAUUCAGUUGAAACCAGGUAGUUAUAAGUUUGCUCCAUUGGGUUACUUGGAUAUAUCUGAACCAUCCACUACCAGUGCGGAACCAUCGAAUAGCAAAUUAAAAGAAUUUUUGGAUAAUCAUAAUGAAUUUAUUGUUAAUGCUCGCUCAAUUACUGCCGGCGAUGUUAUUGCUCCACUUGUUGAAAUUCUACACAAUGAUAUUAAUAGUAUUAAAAUGGCAUGGGUGGAUGUUUUCCCUGUUGCUUAUGGAAGCAUCCCACGGAAAGAAAAGGCUGAUUUUUCCACUUGUUUCACGUCAUUGUUAUCAAAAGACUAUCACUUGAGAGCUAGCGGUAGCAUACUAAAUGGGGUUCAGGCUCUAUUAGAAGGUGCCUGUAAAUGUGAUGAUCUUCACAUUCCUCCUCAUUUAUCGAAAUAUUUGAGCACUGCCUUCAACACCUACUAUUCAACAAUCCAAGAUUUGGAAUCCCAAUCCACUACUUUCAAUCAAGCAGGGGGUGACGAAUCUGUUGACGAUGCUCUUUUGGAAGUCUAUAUGUCAGUUGAGGAUAAGGACAUGUUUUAUGGUUUGUGGAGAAGAAGGGCUAAAUAUGCUUUGACAAAUAGCGCUCUUCUGUUUGAACAAAUUGGGAUGUGUGACAUGGCAAUGAGAUACUAUGAAAAUGCCCAGAUUAAAGCUCGUACUAGAGCGUUGCCGUAUAGUGAAUCUGAAUAUUCACUUUGGGAAGAUAAUUGGAUUUCGUGUGCUGAAAAAUUGCAACAUUGGGACAUUCUAACUGAGCUUUCCAAACACGAAAAUUAUACCGAUUUGUUAUUAGAGUGUGGUUGGCGUGUGGCUAAUUGGAACGAUGAUAAAGAGCCGUUGGAACAAUCGGUAAAGACCGUCAUUGAUGUGCCAACUCCAAGACGUCAAACUUUCCAAACAUUUUUAUGCCUUCAGGAUUUUGCCCAGCAAAAGAAAACCAUGAAUGAUGUUCUUAAGCUUUGUGAUGAAGGUACUCAGUUAGCAUUAAAGAAAUGGGCUUCCUUGCCAACGAGAUUUACCGGAGCUCAUGUUAGUAUGCUUCAUGUUUUCCAACAGUACGUUGAAUUCAACGAAGCUAGUCAAAUAUAUAAUUCCUUAGUCACCACUAAUAGUCAGAACAUUGAAGUUAAGUCUCAAGAACUCAAAAGAGUCCUACAAGCUUGGAGAGAAAGGUUACCAAAUGUCUGGGAUGAUAUUAAUAUUUGGAAUGAUCUUAUUGUCUGGCGUCAACAUUUCUUCCAGCUUGUGAAUAAUAUAUAUAUUCCAUUCUUACAAGCUGGAAAGGGAAACACAUAUUCACAAGUUUAUUGUGGGUACCACGAAACCGCUUGUGUCAUAAACAGAUUUGCUCAUGUUGCUAGAAAGCAUGGUUUAGAUGAGGUUUGCAUUUCUCAGUUGAACAAGAUUUAUAACUUGCCAAAUAUUGAAAUUAUGGAAGCUUUUCUCAAGUUGAUUGAGCAAGUGAAGUGUUAUUAUCAAAAUGAUAAGGAGUUAUACACUGGUCUAGAUGUUAUUAGUAAUACCAAUUUGGCGUAUUUUGGCACCCAGCAAAAGGCGGAAUUCUUUGUUCUCAAGGGUAUGUUUUUGGCUAAAUUAAACAGCCAAGAUAAAGCCAAUCAUGCAUUUGCGACUGCCAUCCAACUUGAUAGUAACUUGGCAAAAGCUUGGGCUAAAUGGGGGUUAUAUAAUUAUAAAUUGUUCAAACAGUCAAAUAAGAGUACUGAUUUAAAUGAAGUGAUGGAUUAUGCUAAAAGCUCUUUGAUUUGUUUCCUCCAUGCCGUUGGCCUUUACAAAAAUUCAAAAUCUAGAAGGUACCUCGCCUUGAUUUUAUGGAUUAUCAGUUUGGAUGAUGAAAAGGGUACAUUGGCAUCGCAAUAUCAAAACUAUAAGGGUGAAAUCCCAGUAUGGUAUUGGAUCACUUAUAUUCCUCAGUUGUUGACCUCUUUAUCUCAUAAAGAAGCGAAGUUUGUCAGAAAUAUUUUGAUUUUAAUCGCUAAGCUGUACCCACAGGCCCUUCAUUUCCCGUUGAGAACCACAAAAGAAGAUUUCCUUGCCAUUCAAAAGCAAAUAGCCCAAGAUUCUCUUAUCCCGCUAAAGAAUUCAGGUAUAAAACAUGAUGGUUCAGUGAAUGAGUCUGACAAGACUGAUGAUGGUGGGAAUGCCAAAUCUGGCGGACAUGGUCAUCCAUGGGAACAUGUUGAGGAUAUUAUGAAUAUUUCGAAAACUUCGUAUCCAUUAUUGGCAUUAUCUUUAGAAUCUUUGGUUGCCCAAAUCACACAACGAUUCAAAUCUAGCGCCGAUGAAGAUGCUUACAGACUUGUCGCUGCCUUAUAUAACGAUGGGAUGCAAUCCUUCAAUAGAAUGUUGAAUGUGAAAGGAGAUGGAAAAUUACCGAACCAUAUGGUGGUCAAUCUUAUCAAAUUUGCAGAAACGGUAUUGACUAGACAAGUGCGAGCUGAGUUUGAGAAAGAUUUUAUCAUUUCCAAACCAAGUUAUGAGACUUAUAUCAAGAGAUUAAUUAAAUGGAAGGAUAGAUUCGAAAAUAAAUUGGAUAGAAGAUUCAAUAAAAUCAAUCUUGAAAGCUUAUGUCCACAUUUGACGGAAUUCCACCACCAAAAGUUUGAAGAUAUUGAAAUCCCUGGGCAAUACUUGUUGAAUAAAGAUAAUAAUACCUACUUUGUCAAAAUUGAAAGAUUUUUACCUACUUUGGAGGUGGUUCGGGGAUUCAAUGCCUGUUAUAAAAGAUUGCAAAUCAGAGGUAAAGAUGGUUCCAUUCAUCAAUUUGCCGUGCAGUUCCCAUCCAAUAGACACUCUAGGCGUGAGGAACGGAUUUUCCAACUCUUCCGGAUCUUUGAUGGCGGUCUCGUUCGAAAUGUCCAAUGCCGCUCCAGAAAUAUUAGUCUCACCCUUCCUGUCGCUGUGGCACUUUCUCCUCACAUCAGGAUUUUAUCUAAUGACAGCAGUGAUAUCACUUUACAAGAGGUUUAUGAACAGGUUUGUCGUGAAAAGAAACAAAAGGUGGAAGAACCAUUUUUCUACAUCACUGAGAAGCUCAAGGCUACAUUUGAUCCGAGAUUACCAAAACCUGAUAUCAUCAGUACCAUGACCGAAAUCUUUAGUGCGGUGCAGACUUUAUAUGUUCCAUCCACCAUCGUACACGACUAUUUUGUGAAAUCUUACCCUAAGUUCGAAGACUUUUGGUUAUUUAGACGCCAAUUCACUUCACAAUAUGCCUCUUUUAUUUUUAUGACCCAUAUGAUGAGUAUCACGUCUCGUCAACCACAGAAAAUUCAUAUCAAUAUGAACUCUGGAUCGGUGUGGACUUCUGAAAUGUUGCCAAAUAAGACUAGUCAGCCAAAUAAAAAGCCACCGCAGAGCAACGGCAAUGGUAAUAAUUCUAGUGGCUCAAAUAGUAGUGUUGAUGAUAAAGAGCAAAAGAUUCCGAUUUUCAGCAAUCCUGAGGCGGUACCAUUCAGAUUGAGUCCAAACAUUCAGAAAUUGAUUGGUCCUGUUGGUCUUGAAGGUAUUUUGUCGGUGUACGUUUUAGUUCUUGCGAGAUGCUUGUCCAAUUCUGAGUUUGACAUUGAGAAUUUCUUGAGCUUGUUUGUUAGGGACGAAGUUAUCUCGUGGUUUGCCCAGAAUUUACAAAGUAGUGCUCAAGGGCCCCACUUGAGGGAUAUUGUUAGAGUUAAUGUUGAUUUGAUUAUAACCAAAAUUGCUAGAGUAGGCCAUGUUUCAUCAAAUACACCAAUUACCACCCAAUUUGUGAAUGAGAUGAUUGCCAGUGCGGUUAAUCCAAGAAGUCUUGCACAAUUGGAUUAUUUAUGGAGGCCUUAUCUUUGA